AUGGAAGAAGCUGAAGACGGUAUUGCUGUGGUUGGGAUUGGAUGCAACUUUCCGGGUGGAGAAGGGAUUGAAAAUUUCUGGAAGGUUCUGGUGGAAGGGAGAAACUGUUCUGUGCCGAUCCCCAGAGAGAGGUUUGAGUUAUCCAGCUGGUACGACCCUGACGACACCAAAGCGGGUAAAUCUCGCACGGCAAAGGCUGCUCUAAUUGAUGGAUUUAAUGAAUUCGAUCAUAAGUUCUUUGGCAUCAGCGACAAUGAAGCGGAACAAAUGGACCCCCAACAAAAGCAGCUUCUUCAGUGUGUCUACAGAGCUUUAGAAAAUGCUGGACUUCCUUUGGAGGAGGCCAGUGGGACCAGGACAGGAGUCUUCUUUGGCCUAAUGAAUAGAGAUUAUGAGACUAAUGCUGCACAUGUGCAUCCGAGUGUGAUCAACCAUUGGACUGGCACUGGGCUUGCCAUGAGUAUUGCAGCAAACAGAGUGUCAUACAUCUUCAACUUCACUGGGCCAUCACUGUCUAUAGACUGUGCCUGCUCAUCAUCUCUUGUGGCUCUUCAUCUUGCAUGUCAAUCCAUUAAACAAGGUGAUUGUGACAUGGCUGUUUGUGGAGGAGUCAACUGUAUCAUAGAGCCAAGAGUGUUUGUUGCUCUGAGCAAGGCCAAGAUGAUCUCACCAGAGGGGACCAGCAAACCUUUCUCCAACAGAGCAGAUGGAUAUGGCAGAGGGGAGGGCUGUGGGGUUGUUCUCCUAAAGCCACUAAACAAGGCCAUGCAAGACCAUGACCAUAUCUGGGGUAUUAUCACCAAAACAGCUGUCAACCAAGAUGGACACUCAGUCACUCCAAUCACCAAACCCUCCAUGUCACAACAAGAGGAACUCCUGCGCAGAAUCUACUCCAAAUCUGACAUAGCAAGUGUCCAGUACAUUGAGGCACAUGGGACUGGAACCCCAAUUGGAGACCCAACAGAAGCAGGAAGCAUCUCAAACGUCAUUGCUAAAGCCAAACCUUCUGGUUCUGGAGCACUCUGGGUUGGUUCUGUGAAGGGCAACAUUGGUCACACAGAAUCUGCUGCUGGAGUGGCUGGGUUAAUCAAGGUACUGUUAAUGAUGAAGCAUGAGACUAUUGUUCCCACAGUUUUCUACUCAGAGCAGACUUCCAGUGUAGAUGCCAAAUCACUGAACAUUAAGAUCCUAAAGAAAGCAGAAAGGUGGGAAGCCUCUGGGGCAAGAAUUGCCGGAGUGAACAACUUUGGCUUUGGGGGCACAAAUGCACAUGCCAUUGUCAAACAGCACAAACAAUCAAGCAUUAAGCCAAAGAACGAUGCAAAACUGGCUAAGUAUUUUGUUUUGUCAGCAAAUUCACCAAAAUCUCUCACUCUAAUGAUGGAAGACACUGUUAAACAGCUAGGUAGCAACAUUGAUCUAGAUUCACUGUUGUACACAUCAGCUUGUAGGAGGAGCCAUCUAAAACACAAAUACAGGAAGGCCUUUGUGGUUUCAUCUGCAGUUGAUCUGAAGGAGAAGUUAAGUGCCACAGUAGGAAAAAAUAUGAGCCAAGCCUACUCAGAUCCAAGGUUAGUGUUUGUUUUUUGUGGAAAUGGUGUCACAUACCAUGGCAUGUGCAAACAGCUACUACAGCAUGAGCCUGUAUUCAGGGAUAAGGUCAAAGAGAUUUCACAACAUUUCCAAAGCCUGAGUAAGUCCAAUGUCUUGGACAGACUUGAAAGUGAGUUUGAAGGCAGUGACUUCACAAAUCCAGAUGUUGUCCAACCACUCCUCUUUGCUAUCCAAGUAGGGAUUAGUAGCUUGCUCGGACACUGGGGUAUCAAGCCAGAUGCGAUACUUGGACACUCUGUUGGUGAGGUUGCAGCUGCUCACUGUUCCGGCCUCUUGUCUCUUGAGGAUGCCGUAAAAGUUAUUCAUGUCCGCAGCGCUCUCCAGAGCCAAGUCACUGGGGGGAAGAUGCUUGUGAUCGGCAACAUGACUGUAUCCCAGGUAGCUUAUCUUUUCCCAAAAUACUCUGGAAGAAUUUGCCUUGCUGCUUAUAACAGCCCGCAGGCCUGCACCCUCUCAGGUGAUGUGGAUGCAAUCGAGAGUCUUCACAAGGAGCUAAGCAACACAGCUGACAGUCAGGAUAUGUUCCUUCGUGUACUAGAUGUACCUGCUGCUUAUCACAGCAGCAUGAUGGACCCAAUUCUGAAAGAUGUUGAGGAGAUGAUUGGAAUCUUACAGGUGAAUGGUCUUACCACAGAGUUGUUUUCAACAGUGACAGGCAAGGAAGUGCAACAGGGUGAUUUCUGCACUGGGAGAUACUGGGCCAGGAACAUCCGUGAGCCAGUCGCUUUUGAGCAGGCAUUAAGAUCAACAGCAAAAGGACAGAAGAAUUCAAUCUUUGUGGAGAUAGGACCAAGAAAAGCACUGCAGAGAAACAUAAUGGAAACGUUGGGUUGUGACACAGCUGUUCUUGCAUCUGUGCAGCCAAAGAAAGAUCAUGAAACUUUGAUGUCUAUUGUUUCCAAGCUCUUUGAACUAGGUGUCCAUGUAAAUUGGGACACCUUCUACAGAGGAUCUGAGACAAUGCCUCUGCCAAUUCCAAGGUAUCAGUUUGAUUGCUCGGACCGAGAUGUUAUCAUUGGAGCAGCAAAGAAAAACACAUCAAGUAAUCACCCUGUGCUCUUUCAAACAGGAAAGGAAAGCAAUGUCUUCAGCUGUGAUCUGAUGUCUCAAUCUUGCUUCUACCUGAAAGAACACAAGCACAACAAUAUACCAAUUAUCCCUGGUGCCUUCUUCGCUGAGUUGGGUUUGGCAGCAUUCAUGGCCAGUGCCAAACCAAAAUUACCUCUCAGAUUGCUACAGCUCAGUGUCAAUUUUCACAGUCCUUUUCUUUUAACCCAGAAUUCACCUGACAUGAAAGUGCAACUAAAACAAACAGAGACAGAAACUAGAUUCACUGUGCUCUCCCCAUCUGCAAUGUAUGCAUCAGGCAGAGUGUUUUUAAAGAAAGACGGGUUGAUUGAGGAGCCAUGCAUAUCACUUAACGCCAUCUUCAAAAGAUGCAAAUCUGUGGUAAGUCCUCAGGAGUUCUAUGGGUACCUCUCUCAAGGAGGCUUUCAGUAUGGAGGCAUCUUCCAGAAUAAGGGGGACGUGCACUAUGGAGAGGAUCUUAAGGAGGCUUAUGCAGUUGUCAAGGUUCCAGAAAAAAUCCGGUCCCAGUUGCAUGACUACUGCAUUCAUCCUGUUGUGCUGGAUUUUCUGAUGCAGCUUCUUCCAGUUACAGUAGAUCACAUUUUUGAUGGUAGACCAGGGUUUCCUGCCAAAAUAGGUAGUUUGACAGUGUGUGGACCCUUGCAAGAUGAGAUGAUUGUCUAUCUGAGAGCAACUGAUGUGGGAACUGAUCACUUUGAGAUUUGUGGUUGCUUUGCAGAUUACGAAGGCAGAGUGUUGGUUGAGGUGAAGCAUGUCAUUAUCAAGUAUCUUGGCAGCAGCUCUCAUGUGGUUGAGGAGUAUUUCUAUCACAAUGCCUUUAGUGCCAUCCCUGACUGCAUAACAUCUGCUCCUCCCCCGAGGGCCUUGGUCUUCAGUGAUCAUUUAGGGAUCUCUAAUGGACUCCAACAAUAUUUGGACUUGAGGUCCAGAUACAUUCCUUGCUCACAUGCCAAAUAUUUCUUGAGUCAUGGGUUUCCAUCUCUCUUGGCAAAUCUCAACAUAACAGAUAUUGAGAGAAACUUUGAUGAGGUCUUAUUUUUGUGGGGUAAAGAAGACCUCACUUCACUUGCAAGCGAUGAUGUCCUGCAGAAUUUGGUGGACUGUUGUGAGAUUUUCCGCCAAAUAGUCCUUAAGCUGAAGCAAAUUCACUUUCCAAACUCCAUCAGAACAAUCACUUACUGUUCAUCUGAAGUCACAGUGGACCACAUAAAUCCAGGUUUUGUUCUUGCUGGCAUGGUAAGAUCAUUAGCUGCAGAGAUACCAGACCUUUUGUUUCAGUUGAUUGAUAUACACACUAUCUUUCCAAAGGACAUUGAAGCCCUCUCUAAGGUCCUCCGGUCCUGUCCUUGCAACAAGUACCCAGAGUUGGUGGUCAAAGAUGCGAUGAUUGUUAAACCUUCUAUUGUUCGUACUUGCCUUGAAAUCAGUGACAGUUCAAAGGGUUCUUUUACCCCUACAAUGUCUGAGCCUUACAUCCUUCAAACAGCUGAUGCACAUGAGAUGGUUCAACUGAAUUCCAUCCACUUUCAGGAGAAGGUCCAGCCAAUCAAUGAUACAUCAGUUGAAAUUCAGCCUACUAAGAUAUGUGUCCAUACAUCUGACUACUUCCCUGUCAGUGAUUCACAUCUGAGAUACGGCCAGACACUGUACUGGAACAAACAUUCAUCACAGAACCACAAGCUUCUGGCACUUGACUUCAGUGGUACUAUUACAGCAGUUGGAAAAAAUGUUAGGAAACUGAAAGUGGGAGACCAUGUGGCAACCUGUUAUCCUGUCCUGGCUGCCAGCAAGGUUAGAGUUCCAGAGGUUGUGUGCUACAGCACUAAAAGGUUCCCAUUCCUUCAAAAACAACCCUGUGUUUCCUACUUUGUGUUGGCUUGGGAGAUCCUACAUCGAGCCUUGCCCAGAGCUAAGCAUAAUCUCGGAAUCAUAUCCUCUGUGUCUGAUUCUGCUCUGGUGAAGGUCUUGGCACUCACCUCCUAUAAGUCAGGUUGGAAUGUGAUUGUUGGAACACAGUGCAAUGGCACUUUUGUAGCUGUUAAUCAAAUUGAUGCAUUUGUCAUCUUUCCUCCAUUUGAUGAAUCUAUGAUUCCUAAACUUUGCAACUUUCAAAGUGUCCAAAAUAUUGUCUUCAUUUGUGAUUCACAGAUGCAGCAUUUGCUUGUGCAGGAUGUGUGCCAGAGUGUAAAGGAAAGUGUCCAUGUGCAGACAAUUCAGAUGCCAGAAAUUUUGCAGAAGGGAUCCUUGUGUGCACAAAGGCCAUACAUUUAUCAGUGGCUGAAGUCUUUGAACUUGAGCAGGAAAUUUGCUCUUGAGAGCUACACCUUUCAGGGUUUAAAAUCUGAAAGCAUCAAGUGCUUUCACACAGAAGAACCACAAUCCUACUUCAACUCAAAAAAGCUGGCUGUUGUUGUUCUGGAAGAUGAUAACAGCAGUCUGCGAUCUGACAUUCAAGUGCUGCCCACAAAGAAACAGCUUUUCCGAAAGGGAGCACUGUACAUAGUUGCAGGUGGUCUUUCUGGUUUGGGCUUUGAAACUGUCAAGUUCAUCUCACAGAGAGGAGGUGAGCACAUUCUCAUACUCUCUAGGGGCAAGCCCACACCAGAUGUACAGCAAGAGAUACACAAUGUGGAGAAACAGUGUGGAAACUGUAUCACUACCAUGGAGUGUGACAUAUCUGUGUCUGAGAAUGUAAACAAAGUUAUCAGUAUCAUCACUCAGAAGUACCCUAGUUGUCCAAUCAGAGGGGUGUUUCACAGCGCAGUUGUCUUGCACGAUGGGCUCAUCGAGACCCUUGACAGAUCUCUCUUUGAGAAAGUCCUCAAACCUAAAGUAAACGGUGCACUGAAUCUGCAUCACGCUACACAGCACUGUCCGUUAGAUUACUUUGUGUGCUACUCCUCCAUCUCAGCUUUUCUGGGAAAUGCAGCUCAAACAAACUAUGCCGCUGCCAACACAUUCCUUGACAUGUUCUGUAAGUACCGGCGCAAACUUGGGCUGCCGGGCCAGUCAAUUAACUGGGGCGCUCUAAACCUUGGUCUCCUUUUGAAAAUGGAGCACUUCCAGCGUUUUCUUGAGGCAAAGGGGAUGAUGGUGUUAGAUGUGGUUGAGAUUCACAAAAGUCUGGAGCAAUGUCUUCUGCUCAAUCGUCCCCAACAAGCUGUAUGUAGGUUUCAUUUUAGAAACAUCAGGUACAACAUCCUCUCUCAAAAUAAAGCCUUGACCAUGCGCCUGUCAGCAUUGGUGGAGGAGGCUUUCCGGAAAUCCCAAGAGAUGGAUUCUCACUCUAAAUCAACUGAUGUGGUUUCACCAAAAGAGUACGUUGUCUCUCUGCUCUGUGAGACCACUGGCAUGGAUAAGAGAGAGCUGAAGGGUGAAUAUCUACUCUCGACUCUAGGUGUUGACUCCAUGCAGGCCAUGACUCUGCAGAAUGCCAUCUUUCAGGAGAGAGGUGUGAAUGUACCUUUGGUGAAGUUGUUGGAUCCCACUGCCACUUUAUCAAGGCUAGUAGGGAUACUAAGUGAAGAAGGUGAAAAUCUUUAUGACACAAACUCUCUUCUAAUUCCAGAAAUUAAAGUUGUUUCUACCAGAUUGUAA